AUGCCCCCAAAGAAGAAGACUGCAUCAACAGCAGCUGCAACAGAAGAGGGUAAGAAAGUGCCAAGAAAAGUAACCAAAGGGGAUCUUAAACAAACUCUUGUAGCAUUUGACUUGUCAGAAGGCCUAAAUGGGGUGAAAGCAGAGACUGUUUUACCAGCUUCUCUGUUACCAGAAGCUUCAGUCAAAAGAAGAACUUUUGUGAUUUCUUCCUCACAACCUGUUCCAUGUAGCCCACUUCCUAAUAUCAGGCCUGUGAAGAUUGUUUCUAAGCAUAAAAACUUGCGGAGGGAAACCUACAUCAUUCCUGAUGGAAAGGAAGUUAAUCCUGAACAGACUAAAAGCACAGAUGGAGCAGAAAAUAAGCAGUUAAAGAAUGAUGCCUCUGCAAAUGAAGAACCACAAACAAAAAAAGACAGCAAACCGAAGAAGCCAAGUUUAAAUGACGUAGCAGAAGAUGCAGAGAUGGCAGAAAAACCUGAGGGGCCAGAGAUGCCAAAGCCAAAACGUGGGAGACCAAAGAAAAGUGAGAAUGCUGAAAAAGACGGAGCUGCAAAAUCCAAAUCAAAAGGUGGAAACAAGGCUGUAGAUGCAAAAGCUGUUGCAGAGGAUGAACAGACACCUGCUGACCCAAAGCCGAAGCGAGGAAGAGCAAAGAAAUUGAACAGUGAACAAGAAGCUGUUGCUACAGAAGUCGAUGAUGCUUCAAAAGAGAAUGUGCCCACUGAAGAUGUUGGUGCCUCUGAAACUGAUAAGGAAAAUGCAACAACUGAAGUGAAGAAAAGGGGAAGAAAGAAGAAAGUUUAAACUGGAAUAAUUAUUCUAGAGACUGAAUUCUGCUAUUCCUGAAUGGUGGCUUACAUUUCCUAUGCUCUUGCUACAUUUUGUAUGUGAAGUCUGUUUAAAUGGAUUUUUUUUGUGUCUUUCCAUUUUUGGAAGCCUUUUUAUACAUGAAAUAAAAGUAUACUGACUUGCAUCAAA